AACAGAGUAAGUAUUUUUUAAAUAAAUAAUUGUAAAUUUCAAGCAUAUACAUUUCUUUGUGAAGGUUAACAAAUUAGAUAAACAGGCAGCAUGGGAGGAUGUAUUAAAAAAAGCCCAAUCCCUACAACUGGCGUCAGCACAAAAAACAUGGACCUAUGCAAGGGACAGUUUGUUUGGACUCUGGAAGAGCCGGACAAUGAGUAAAAGGGAUAACGCCCGAAAUACUGGAUCCGGAGGUGGGAAGGACAAAGUAAUGGAUGAAGCUGACUUGGCCAUCCUCGAUAUUCUGGAAUCAGAUUCAGCUGUGGUAGAUGGUUUGAAUUUGCCAGAAAGUUAUGGCAACUCAGAAAACCUACCGUCAGCUCAGAAUGAUUCCAGAAUAUCUAUUUCAGAAGAAACAAUUGCCAAAUCACCUCUAAACCCAAGAAAGAGGAAGCGCUCUACCAAGUUUCAAAGUGAAACUUUGGAUAGAGAGCAAAAAUGCCGGAUGGAGCUCCUUGAGGUUGAGGUUUACUACCGGAAACUUCAAUGCCUAAAACUGGAGAGGGAGCUCCUACUUCCACCCUCUGCCAUCACACUAGGAAUUGCAACGGCAGAAACAGAAAAUGUAUCGCGUCUGUUAUUUGAGGAGGUUUGAUUACCAAAGGCUAAUUUUCCUCUGUGUGUAUUUGAUUUCUAAACAUUUUAUUUUGAAAUAAUUUGUGAUAAAAA